GUUCCGCCACCCACGACGGACUACUCGUGACUUGGGGUGACGAGGAGAGACGUGCGGACUUGGGACGAGAAGGAACUAGGAAAUGGGGAAUAUUGCGUGAGCGUGAGGUGUACGGAAAGGGGAGAAGAAAGAGAGAAGAUUGGUGGAAAGUAAGGAGAAUGGUGGUUGAGUGGAAGAAAGGAAUGGAAGUGGCGAGAAACAGAUUGACGUGGGGCAAAAGUUGGGUUUCAGACGGGGCGUGUUCAACAAGCAUUCGGACUUCGGGCCAGUGGCGUGUUCAGCAAGAAAGUCGCGAUUGCGUGUGCGACUCGGCAUGACACGAAGCGCGCAAGUUACUCGCAGCGCACACGGCAGUUACGAACCGCGUUUGUUCUUUCUUGUUUGCCUAUAAAUCAGUAUACUCUUGUGUGCUUUGUAUCUCAUUGGAACUAGUGGAAUGCUUGUGUGUAUUGACAACUUGCAACCACUUUGAGAUCAGAUUAUGAGGCAAGGCCCUUGAGGCUAUUUGCACAAGUAUUUCUAAAUACUUUUCGCUGCGCCGGAGGCGAUAGUCGCCUAGAACUCGUAUCAGAGCUAGCGUUGAAUUGCUGGCGAAUUUUUCUGCGUGGAGUCUACUUAGUGCGCUAAGUAGAGCAGAGGAGUUAAAGGAGAGGAGCCUAAGCCUACGUCAUGGCGGGUGACGAGGUUAGUUCGGGAUCCAGUGUGAGCAUUGGAGACCCGCAGAUGAGAGCUCUCCUGGAGGCCCUGUCGAGGGGGCAAUUUGUGGUGAAACCGACGAUUGGGCUCAGCGAGGCCCAACGUUUCAAUGGAAGCAGCUACAGUACGUGGCGCUUGAAGUUCAGUCGAAGGGCGGAGGAGGUGGACCUUUGGCCCUACUACUCGCCGGACAAGGAGACAGGGGAGGGAGUACCUCCUACUGAGACGGAGACGGCGGAGAAAAUUGCAGAAUUCAGAAGGAAGAGUAAGCAAGCGUUUUUUCAGUUGUGUCACUCAGUUUCUGACGGUAUUGCCGUCAAUUUGGACCCGUUUAAGCGUGAGGUGAAUUCUGCGGAGAAGGCCUGGGCAUGUUUGGAGAGCAUGUAUCUUAGGCCAAGCAACGCUAACAAGUCUGCUGUACGUAAGAAGUUGUUGUUGCUCAGCAUGCGAGAGGAUGAGAAGAUCAUCGACUACGUCAACAGAGCACGCAGCCUCAACGAUGAGCUAGCGGCGAUGGGAGAUGCUGAGAACGAGGAGCAGAUGAUCGAGCACACAGCGAGUGGACUACCCGAGACGUGGGCAACAGAGAAGAGCGGCCUUGUUCUUCACCCUCCAGAGAGCAUGACGCAGUUAGUGGACAAGCUGCAGUCGAUUGAGGCGAUGAAGAUAGCGAGCAAGGGGAAGACGGAAGCUGCAUAUGGUGGGCAGGAGAAGCCGGGGAUGGUGAAUGCAGCAGCGGCUUGGAGGAUUAGUGGUGCUUGUUACCACUGCGGUAAGAAAGGGCACAAGGCGAUAGAUUGCUACGACAAUCCCAAGAGCAGGAACUAUAAGGGGAAGGAAGCUGCAAGCGACGGAGAAGGUUGGCAGCAACGGAAGGGGUUUGGAGGCACCUGCGAUUUUUGUGGGAGGUACGGAUAUAGGGCAGCAGAUUGCUAUUCCAAUCCAAACAGCAAGAGUUACAGGGGUCCAGCACAUCAGCAGCGGAAUGCACCGAAGGCGAACGUGAUGGAAGCAGAGAAGGAGAAAGGGGAUAUUAUCCUUGGAGGCGCACAUCGGGCGAACAUUGCGCGUGUGUCAAACCUGCAAGUUGACGGGUUCAAGCUCCACGGCUGGUACUUCGAUAGUGGCUGUACACAACACAUGACGAACAGGUCAGACUGGUUGGAGAAUGUGAGAGAGUCGAGUGAGAAGUUCAUACUGCUGGGAGAUAGCACAAAGUUACCCGUCACUGGAGAAGGUGACGUCCUACUGUGUAGCAGGUUCGGGGAACUGAAGCUGAAAGGAGUACUGCUGGUGAAGGACCUAUCCAUGAAUCUGAUUAGUCAGUCACAGAUGGAUGCAUUGGGAUGUAAGGUGCUCAACGACCAGGGCAAGGUUACAGUAUUUGGUCCAACGUGGGAAGUAGUUGCAGACGGGAAGCUGAAGCGGGGUUUCUACGAGAUGGAUUUUAUGCCGAAGCUGUUAGUAACGGAUGGGUAUGAGGAGGACAACAUAAGCAACGAAGCUGUGGUUGUACGGGAGGAGACAGGCGCUGAGGCAGCUAAGAAGCAGGAUGCUGGAGAUCUCGCAACAAGCACGAUGAUGGCCAACAGAGUGGAGGCAAAGGUUGGAGAAACAGGAUGGGAGGAGAAACAGAAGCAGGCAGCAGCAGAGACAAGGAAAGAGGAGAUAGAGCAGUCUGAGGAACCCGAGGGAAAGAAGCAGACAGUAACGACUAUCAACUGGUUUGGUAAGAUUUUGGAGGUCAGUAAGGAAGGAUGGAUAGUACGGGCUAGCGACGAGUUGUUCUGUGAUUGUGAGGGUAUCCUAGAAUGGGCAAGAGAGAUUGGAGACUCUACUGAGGGCGAGGAGUAUAGUAAGGAGAAGAAGCAGACCAAUCCUCAUCUGAGGGUUCAGAGUUAUCCAUUCAAGCCUGGUAAGCAGAAGCAGAAAGCCAAGCAGUUGCAGGGGAGUAUGGAGCUGACUUAGAGUGCGAGGAUGGAGAAUGCAGGGGAGCACUAGAAGAGACAAUCACAUGGAAGGUGCGUGGUUGACAGAACCACAGGGGAGGUUGUUGGAGUGGUUCCGCCACCCACGACGGACUACUCGUGACUUGGGGUGACGAGGAGAGACGUGCGGACUUGGGACGAGAAGGAACUAGGAAAUGGGGAAUAUUGCGUGAGCGUGAGGUGUACGGAAAGGGGAGAAGAAAGAGAGAAGAUUGGUGGAAAGUAAGGAGAAUGGUGGUUGAGUGGAAGAAAGGAAUGGAAGUGGCGAGAAACAGAUUGACGUGGGGCAAAAGUUGGGUUUCAGACGGGGCGUGUUCAACAAGCAUUCGGACUUCGGGCCAGUGGCGUGUUCAGCAAGAAAGUCGCGAUUGCGUGUGCGACUCGGCAUGACACGAAGCGCGCAAGUUACUCGCAGCGCACACGGCAGUUACGAACCGCGUUUGUUCUUUCUUGUUUGCCUAUAAAUCAGUAUACUCUUGUGUGCUUUGUAUCUCAUUGGAACUAGUGGAAUGCUUGUGUGUAUUGACAACUUGCA